AUGCCUUCAACAGUGCCCCCUUCAUUAGCCGGGGCUUAUCGGAGGCCGCCCGGGGCUCCGGGGGCAGAGGCAGCCCUCGGACGGUGCAAUUCCACUUACUUGGAUGACCAUGGGCCACCUCCUAGUAAGGUGCUGCCUUUCCCGAGCCAGGUGGUGUACAACAGAGUAGGCAAGUGUGGGAGCCGCACUGUGGUCUUGCUUCUGAGAAUCUUGUCGGAGAAGCACGGAUUCAACUUAGUCACAUCAGACAUUCACAACAAAACCAGGCUUACUAAAAACGAACAAAUGGAACUGAUUAAAAAUAUAAGUACUGCCGAACAGCCCUAUUUAUUCACUCGACACGUUCAUUUCCUCAACUUCUCAAGGUUUGGAGGAGACCAGCCCGUCUACAUCAACAUCAUCAGAGACCCCGUCAGCCGGUUUUUAUCCAACUAUUUUUUCCGACGCUUUGGAGACUGGAGAGGGGAACAGAAUCACAUGAUCCGCACCCCCAGCAUGAGGCAGGAGGAACGCUACCUGGAUAUCAACGAGUGUAUUCUUGAAAACUAUCCUGAGUGCUCCAACCCCAGAUUAUUUUACAUCAUUCCAUAUUUUUGUGGACAGCAUCCCAGAUGCAGGGAACCUGCUGAGUGGGCGCUUGAAAGGGCAAAAUUGAACGUAAAUGAAAACUUCCUGCUUGUGGGGAUUCUUGAAGAGCUGGAAGAUGUGCUGCUUUUACUGGAAAGAUUUUUACCUCAUUACUUCAAGGGUGUGCUCAGUAUCUACAAAGACCCAGAGCAUCGGAAACUUGGCAAUAUGACUGUGACCGUGAAGAAGACCGUCCCAUCUCCUGAGGCCGUGCAGAUUCUCUACCAGCGCAUGAGAUAUGAGUACGAGUUCUACCACUAUGUCAAAGAGCAGUUCCAUCUGCUCAAGCGCAAGUUCGGACUGAAGUCGCACUCCAGCAAGCCCUCUCUGAGGCCCCAGUUCUUUAUCCCCACUCCACUGGAAACCGAGGAGCCGAUUGAUGAUGAGGAACAAGAUGAUGAGAAGUGGCUGGAAGAUAUUUAUAAGAGGUGAUGCCUGCACUGUGCUGCCUCUGUUGGCUUUAUCUCCCUUUUCCAGAAAGUCUUUUGUUUGGGGAAGAAAUUCCCAAAGGGACUACAUGAGUGCUCCAUUGCAUUAAAAAGAACAAAGAAAGCCCACAGGUUGGGGGUCUUUGGGAGAUGCCUGGUUUUGCGGGUUUUAUUUGUUUUUCCUGGCUCCUUGGUCCUCCCCAGGUAGGAGAUGGUCCCGUUACAAGGCAUCUGCUAAUAAAAUAGCGCCACCCACCCCAUCCCACCCCCAUGGGAUGAGAGAAGGGGGAAGAGAUGCAGUCCAGUAACUUAUCAGGUGUAAUACUGUAAAAGUAUUACCUCAGUGGUAGACAACACCCAGACUUGUAUAUUUCAGUAGGAAUACAAAACCACUUCAGAAACCAAGGAAUCUACUCUCGAAGGAUCUAAGAGAAGGUAAGACAGAUCAGGACUUCCAAAGGGGCACACCUCUGGCUCUGCUCCAUCUCAGGGGACAUUUACACCUUGGACAGUGUACUUAUUAUCUCUGAGAGAGACAGUCCCACCCGUCCAGAGCCGUGAGUACCUUUCAAGGUCAAAGUGCAUGACAAACUCCAAUGAGACAUUCCAUUUCCAACCACCAUUCCAACAAGGAUCAAAGUGACCUACGGGAAAAAAGUCUGUUGUGUGAGGAAGAGUUCAGGCCAGACAAGGUUGCCAGGAGUCAAGUGU